AUGUCGUUGGUGUGCGCGAUUACUGGAGAGGUGCCAGAGGAGGCUGUCUUCUGCCCCACAACAAAUUUAAUUUAUGAAAAGCGCCUCAUUCAAAAACACCUCGCCGCAAAUGGCAAAUGCCCAGUCACCGGCCUGCAACUGCAAACGCAGGAUCUCAUCGAAAUCAAAACAAAUCCGACAAUUAAGCCUCGACCUCUCUCUGCGUCCUCUAUCCCUGGUCUCUUAAGCUGUCUCCAAACGGAAUGGGAUGCUCUCAUGUCUGAGGCUUUCUCUCUCAAGACACAUCUCGAGCAGGUCAGGAAGCAGCUGGCGCAUGCUCUGUAUCAACAAGAUGCGGCAACGCGUGUCAUUGCAAGACUUUUGAAGGAGAGGGAUGCAGCGCAGCAACAGCUGCAGCAGCAGCAGCAGCUUGUGCUGCAGCUGCAGCGCUCUGCCGCAGCUGCUGACGCUGCUGUAGAUGCGGAUAUGGGAAUAAAGGAGGAGCUUUUGGAAGAAAUGCAAGCCUUGGCGCGGCAGCUGCUCACGCAGCGAAAGAAGAGGAAGCCAGUUGGCUUCUUUUCGCAUGCGUCUCUCGCUUCUAAAUUGAGCUGCUCAUUGACUCUGCCUCUGCACUCCGCCUCAGCUCGUGGGGUUUUUCGUGUGACGGCAGACACCAAUGCGGCUCGCCUUGCUGCCGUCUUCAGCGGCAACAGCAGCGGAGAUGGGGGCAAUUCUGCAAGGCAUGGGGAGGCGCAGCUCAAGAAGGGCGAAGUUAUUACCGUCUCGUCCGGUGCAGACGGUGCUAUUGUCUUCUUUGACUUGCAGAAACAGAAGCAGCUCGAAAAGCUUCAGGCUCACGCGAAGCCUUGCAGAGACUUCCUGCUGCAUUCGCAGGAGCCUGUCCUUGUCACCGCUUCCGAUGACAAGACUUGCAAAAUAUGGCGUGGCUCUCUCGACUUCAGCAGCUCGUACAGCAAUGCCGUUACCUUCAGGAGACAGCGUGGGGAGGUGUGUGCACUGGCGCUGCAUCCGCUAGGAGACUACUUUGCCUCCGUAGCCUCCGACAGAACGUGGGCGUUCAUCAAUAUUCAAGAAGGGCGGUACUUGAGGGUCCAUAAAGACCUUGCUUGCCAGUACACUGCUGUCGGCUUCCAUCCUGAUGGAAUGAUUCUUGGUGCUGGUGGAGCAGAUGGUAGCGUCUACAUAUGGGAUAUGAAGGCACAGGAGCAGCGAGCCGCGUUGCAGGGGCAUCCUGCCAAGAUCAGCAAGCUUGCUUUCUCUGAGAACGGCUACUAUCUUGCGACAGCGAGCUUCGACGGCUCGGUUCGUUUAUGGGAUUUAAGGAAGUCGGCAGCCUUUCAGACAUUGCAGAUCGGCGCUGAGGGGACGAAGGACGCAGUGACGUCUGCUGUUUUCGAUCAUUCUGGGCUGUUUGUUGCCGCUUGCGUUUCUACGGGAGUUGUGCAGCUCUACAAUUUUGAGAGCAGAGCACAUGCGUCUUCAGUGGCAUCCUUGCAAGGUCACACAGACGCCGUCAUGGACUGCACGUUCGUCGAGGGGCAGCAGAUGCUCCUUACCGCGUCUAUGGACAAAACUGUGAAGGUUUGGGAGCUGAAGCAAGAUGCCUAA